UUAAUUAAUCGAUGGACCAGCAAAUCGUGGUUUUACAACUUUAUAAUUAUGAAUAGUAAAGAAAAAUAUAUCGAUUUAAAAGAAAAUAACCUUUCACUGCGGAAACAAGCAAAAAAAAUUACUCAAAAGAAACUGUUUGGACAAAAAAUAACUCAUUUAUUUUUGCACGAGAAGAAUAUUUCCGAAAUUCCUCUUCCGAAAAAUCCAACUCAUAUAAUCUAUGCCUACUAUCAUAACAAUUAUAUUACACAAAUAAAAAAUGUUGAAGCUAUGUUUAAUUUAACACAUUUGCAUUUACAAUGGAAUAAAAUAGGCAGGAUUGAAGGCCUCGACAAAUUAGUGAAGCUAAAAAAACUAUACUUGGGAAACAAUCAAAUAAGUGUCGUAGAGAAUUUGGAGGGAUUAAAAAAUUUAGAAGAACUUCAUAUUGAAAAACAGAAUAAAGAAAACGGUGACCCGUUAUGUUUCGACCCUAGAUCAAUGAUUUCUAUUGGUGCGUCGCUUAGAAUACUCAAUGUUUCGGAAAACAAAAUAUCUGAUGUAUCAUGGGCUAGACCACUGCGUCGCUUGGAAGUUCUUAUAGCUAAGAAAAAUCUUCUUGAAGAUGUUCAGUCUGUUGCAGACGACUUGUGUACCCUUGUGAGUUUAGUGGACGUGAAUUUCACUGGUAACCCAAUGACUAAAAAACAUAGAUAUAAAGAAAUUAUUAUAGCUAGAUGUGGACCACUACGAGUAUUAGAUGACGUCCAUAUUCAUAAUACAUCAAGAAUUUUCCUGCAAAGUUUUGAUAAAGUUGUUCGAUUACGUCAAUUGCAUGAAAAAAAUAAACUUAGUUUAUCGCGAGAUGGCGCUGAUGAGUUUUUGGCACUUAACAUGUUACCAGGACCUCGGGCUCGCUCUGCACUCUCUAUAUCUGAGUUUUCGAAUCAAAAACCAAAAUUAACCGCGGUGGAUGCCAGCUAUACCUUCAUGCCAAGAGCGUUCUGGCGUAAUCGCUCUGAAGAUAUCGAUAAUACAAUUUUCAGGCAAGUUAUUCCAAACAAAGAAAUAACUCUAGCUAUCACACCAAAUGGAUAUGCAGAUGGUAUAACAAAAGAUAAAAAUGGUAUUGAAUGCUUUGUGAUGCCAUGUGAAGUCCAAACUACUAUGUCAUCCUUUUUAGAUAUGCUUGAAAAUAAAAGAGAAAAUUACAUACCCUACAUUCAGAGACAGAAUUCUAACUUAACUGAAGACUUCAAAGAAUUGUUAUCAGAUGUAGAGCAUGAAAUAGAUUUUGCGAGUAAAGCAUUUAAUAAGAAGCCUGAUGCUGUCAAUUUUUGGAUGGGUGACUCAAGGGCCAUAACCUCAAUGCACAAAGACCCCUAUGAAAACAUAUACUGUGUUAUUGAUGGGUACAAAGACUUCAUAUUAAUUCCGCCCACUGACUUGCCUUAUGUACCAUAUAAGAAGUAUAAACAGGCAAUGUUCAAAUAUAAUGAAGGAUGGGAUAUUGAAAUGAUAGAUAGUGCUGAACUACCUUGGAUUUGUAUAGAUCCUCUCAAGCCGGACUUUUUGAACUACCCUCAAUUUUCAAAAGCGCAUAGAUACACAAUUCGCAUAAAUAAAGGCGAUUGCCUGUAUCUGCCUAGUCUAUGGUUCCACCACGUUUCGCAGAGUCACGGAUGCAUAGCCGUCAAUUAUUGGUAUGACAUGGAGUUUGACAUUAAAUAUUGUUAUUUCAAAAUGCUUGAAAAGCUGUGUGAGAGUCAACCUUAAGUUUAUGAAAAUAUAUCUAUACUGAUAUGUUUGUCUAUAAAAAUCAUGAAUCAUUAUUGUUUCAUUCAAAAUCGAACCGCGAACACGCUAUGAAAAAUGAUAAUUUUUAUACAAAAACCGAUGUUACAAAUGUUACUGUUUUGAAAAUUUAUUUUUUAUCUACAAACUAGAAUAGUUUUCUAUAAGUCAAUUCAAACUGCAUACUAUUUAUGACAAUAUAGUAGGUAUCUAUAUCUGUAAAAACUUACAAAAUCUGUGGUACAAACCAUAGAGUCUGAUUGUCUAUGGCACUGUCAGGCGCUGUUUUGCGCUAUUAUUGUCAAGUUCAUACUUCAUAGUGACUUCAACAGACUGCAGAGUACAGUGCUGCGUUUCAUUCACCACAUAACAUGUUUCGUUAUAGUGCAAAUUUUGUAUUCUGGUAAGCAACCAACGUUAAAAGGGCUGAUGUUUUCUGAUAGUAUCUGAGUUUUAUCUUAGAUCUACACUAACUAUACUUAUUUUAUAAAGAAGAAACGUAUUGUUUCUGUAUGUAUGUUUGUACUGUUUUCAUACAAAAACUACUGGACCGAUUUCAAAAAUUCUUCCACUAUUAACAAUCUCCAUCUACAUCGACUGACAUAGGAUAAAUUACAUUUUCAAAACAAAUAGGGAUUGUCACAUGAUAAAUAUAAUUUGCAAUAUGUAGUCAAGAUGUUAUAUCAUCAAAACUAUUGACUUUGUCCUUUUUACACUCUAAACAAAUAAACGAGCCGAAAUACAAAAAGUAUACUUUGGAAUAUAAUAAAAAUUGGCUUAACAUGUGUAAUUAAAUAUAUUUAAACUGAUAAAUAAAAUUGUUAGUGUUA